GACUCAGACUCACCUCCUCCUCUCCUCUCCUCCUCUGUAUGUAAUUGAAGCAGAUCCGGCGAAGCGAGGGGAAAAAAAAAAUGGAAGCACGACAAUGCCUCAGAAACGAGCCUCAGAUCGGUUGCGCAGGGGGGAACCGGCGGCGGAGGCAGGGCAUCGACGAACCCCGCGGCCGGAAACGGCCGAUGCUCGUGGCCCCUUCGGCGGGGGUCGAUUGCUUCGACGCGCUUCCAGAUGAUAUUCUCGUGUUCGUGCUUUCCAAGCUCAGCUCCUCCGCCGACCGCCCUCAAGAUCUCUUCAACGCUUUUUUGACGUGCAAGAGAUUUUGGGCUCUGGAAAAUCAACCGUCGGUGUUGGCGAAGGCCAGCAGGAGAUGCCUCGCCGUCAGAGCGAAAGCUUGGUCGGAGGCGGCUCAUGGUUUCCUCAGUCGAUGCGUCGAUUGUGGCAAUCUGGAAGCUUGCUUUAUUUUGGGCAUGAUACGGUUCUAUGCGCUCGGAAACAGAGGAUCCGGCGCGUCGUUGAUGGCGAAGGCGGCGAUCCGAUCGCAUCCAUGGGCGUUGUACUCUUUGGCGAUCAUCCAGUUUAACGGCAGCGGCGGUUCCAAGAACGCCAAGGACCUCCGCGCUGGCGUCGCGCUGAGCGCCCGCGCGGCCUUCUGCGGCCACGUCGAUGCCUUGCGCGAGCUCGGUCACUGCCUUCAAGACGGCUACGGCGUCCGCCGGAAUGUCAACGAGGGACGCCGUUUCUUGCUCCAAGCCAACACCCGGGAGCUCGUGUCCGCCAUCGCGUCGUUGCCGGCGUGGAAGAAUGGGCAACGCCGACGGAUGACCGCGGAAGGAAUCGCGGAAGCUGCCGCGGUCGCCUCCGGCGGCGGCAGCGCCCUCCUCAGCGACUUCGGCUGGAACCUGCCGCCGCCGGAGCCGCACCCAGCCAACCGGUUCCUCGUCGACUGGUUCGAAUCCGCAGCCACGUCGCUGCCGGAGGACCUGCGCCUCUGCUCGCAGCGCAACUGCGGCCGCCCGGAGACCCGGCGGCACGAGUUCCGGCGGUGCUCGGUCUGCGGCGUCGUCAGCUACUGCUCCAGAGCGUGCCAGGCUCUGGACUGGAGACUAUCGCACAAGGCCGAGUGCGUACCGCCGGUCAUCUACGACGUCGCCGCCGCCACCGACUGAGAAAAUAAGAAUGACGACAAGCAUCUCACCGCAUUACUGAUGCAAGAUUCCACAACUCUCUGAUUUUUUUUUUUUUUUUUGUAACUGGAGUUGUUUUGGCCCUUUCUAAUCAUUAAACUUUUCUUCA